CGGUGCUGUGAACAACAUCUUCUUCAACCCGACGCAAAAAUGGCAUUCAAGUUCGUGACCUUCGCCGCGCUGAUCGCUGUUGCCCGCGCUGGCCUGAUUGCUUCUCCGGCUGUCAGCUAUGCUGCUGCCCCAGCCGUAGUCGCUGCCCCGAUCACCAAGGUCGCUUAUGCUGCUGCCCCGGCAGUGGUUGCUGCCCCCGUUGCCAAGGUUGCGUACGCCGCCCAGCCAGAAGAGUACGAUGCGAACCCGCACUACUCAUUCUCGUACGGAAUCUCGGAUGCCCUGACCGGUGACUCCAAGUCCCAGCAGGAAUCCCGCAGCGGAGAUGUUGUCCAGGGAUCGUACUCCGUCGUUGACCCCGAUGGCACCAAGCGUACCGUCGAGUACACGGCUGACCCACACAACGGAUUCAACGCUGUUGUCCACCGUGAGCCUCUGGCCGCCAAGGUCGUCGCUGCCGCCCCGGUCGCCUAUGCUGCUCCAGUUGCCAAGACCAUCUCGUACGCCGCUCCAGUGGCCACCAAGACCCUCGUUGCUAGCCCGGCCAUCUCUUACGCCGCUCCGGUAGCCAAGACCAUCUCGUACGCCGCUCCGGUUGCUAAGCUGGCCGCACCGGUCGCUUACACCACGGCGCUCCAUCACUAAAUGGGCAACCCUCGACUGUCACUAACCGGCACCGUUUGUACAUAUAUCUUCAA